CAGGCGAGAACAGGCAUUCUUGAAUACUGUCGUUCGAGAAAACAGCACUGAUUUUUGGAUUGGCCUUUAUGGCUUGAUAUGGGAGGAUACAUUCCUUCGGACAGAUAAUGGUCAUCGCAGAUACACCAACUGGAAUGUCAAUGAACCCUCAAAACAUAACCAGUCCAUGGAAUGCGUACUCAUGAAUCCUCAUAAAGAUGAAGGAAGAUGGAGGACUGCGUCAUGUAGUCACAGGAACGGGUUUAUCUGUGAGAUAGAGGCUCUUCCCAUUCUUCCAAAUCUUUCAACUCUUCCAACUCUUUCAACUUAUGACCAACAGCCUGUUCCUAAAAUUCAUGAAAAGGAAGGAAACGAGAUAAAAGUCAUCGAGGUGACCAGCGGAGAGGACGUUAAACUCACUUGCCAGAUUAGAACCGUUGGUCAGACCUCAAAACCAAGGUAUUACUGGCUCAAAGACAAUCAGACGCUCAGUCCAUCGAGUCAUCAACGACUGAGGUUAAAAGUCUACAGAUACCUAAAGAUAAAAAGAGCUAAGAAAGAGGACACCGGCUUCUACACCUGUGUCGCAGUAAAUGACUGUGGCAAGAACCCUUUUACAAUGCACCUAUUUGUCGGAAGUCCAACACUGAAUCCCAACAAAAUUACAGUAGGAGGAGUGAGGUACCACAGGAAUCGGAGCAAUUAUUCUGCUCCAAGAUUUACGGUACCGCAAAGCAAGAUGAGGCGCAGCCUUCUUGCAGUACCCGUUGGAAACUCUGUUCGGCUGGACUGUUCUGCCGAUGGAAACCCUCGUCCUACCGUGAAAUGGUAUAAAGACGGAAAAUUGUUUAAGGAAAGGAAACUUUAUUCGAGUCGAUGGACAACCUUGUUGAGUCUGAAGGACUUGGUUCCCUCUGACACUGGGUCAUACAUGUGUAAUGUGAGCAACUCAUACGGAUGGAUUAAUCAUACAUACAAAGUAGAUGUUCAUGAACGAGCUCGUGCUGAACCAGUCGUUCUACCCAUGGAAAAUGUCACAGUUUAUCGAGGAGAGAAUGCCAGCUUAACAUGCAAAGCAUUAAGUGACUCCAUGCCUCAUUUCCAGUGGUUAAGGUGGUUUCCUGUACGUUCCAACGGUUCGGCCAACAGUUCGGUAAACGGUUCAAUUGAAAGUCCUCACUACGAAAUCGUGAAUAAAGGAGAAACAGACCAACUUGUAAUUGUGCCACCAAGUAGUGGCAAAAAGUUUGAUUUCCACGGAGUGAAGUUGACUUUGUUAAAUGUCACAAAGAGGGACGAAGGCAAAUACACCUGCAUGGUGAGAAAUGCUGUUGGUUACGCAGCCGAACAUGCUUACAUCAUUGUCCAAAACAUCGUUUUCUUCUCAGAGGGUCUUAAUGGAGUUAUCCGACAGCCUUACAACGGCCAAAAAUUUAGCCGUUAG